CUAUACUUUGUGCAUCUCACUUGUUAGGUUACAUCCUUCGGUCUAAACAGCUGCAGCUGAAGACAGAUUCCCAACUGUUUUGGCGUUUUUGGGGUCUCUUCGCCAAACAUGCCCCCGACCAAAGCUUGCUGUGCUCAUGACCAUGAUUGCGAGGCUGCUGACUGCGGCGUGGCCUACUCGCUCUACAAACACGUGGCGGUGGACCAGGUGCGGUGCCUGAACGAGGCGUCCGUGGGCUCCUGCCGCAACAUCCUGCGGCCGUGGCACACCCGGCUCGACGCGGUGGAGACGCCGCUGCGCAGCAAUGAAGACGAGGACGAGCAGGAGGUGCUGAUACACGUGCCCUUUGAUGGCUCGGUUAAGCUGAAGGCUAUCAGUGUCAUCGCGCGGGGGCCGCCUGGCACGGCUCCCGGCCGCAUGCGGGCCUACAUAAACCGAGACGACCUGGACUUUGGGACCGCGGCCCAGGCGGCGCCCGUACAGGAGUGGGAGUUGGCGGUAGAUGGCGACGCACGCGGAAUCAUCGAGUACCCCACACAGGUGGCCAAGUUCACGGGCGUGCACUCGCUGGACCUGCUGCUGUCCGGCGCUUCAGGCGGCAUGGACUAUAUUGAGGUGCACUUCCUGGGGCUUAAAGGCGAGUUCGCAGAGCGGAGGCGCCAGGCCGUGGAGACGGUGUACGAGCUGAGGCCAGUGCCGGGCGACGGCAACAAGAUCCCGGGCAUUGGCGACGGGGCACACUGGCACGCGUGAGGAGCAGCCACUCUAGGCAGGCGCCAGUGGCAAUGGCUGGCGUCUGAGCUGUGAGCGGCUCGUGCACUAGGGUGUUAGACUGGCGAAUUGGUACGGAGCCGUGGCCACCGUGUGGGACGUGCUGGAAGCGCUGGAACGACGUGACAGGGAAAGGGAAGCACAGGGAAAGGGAAGCACAGGGAAAGGGAAGCAAGUGGCUGAGUCCGUCACGGCGUUGAACACUUGAACAGCUGGGUCCGUGCGGCUGAUAACGGGGCAGGAUGUAAGUGGCAGUACCGUAUGCAACAAUUGAAGUAUCAAGGAACUAAUGUACAAUGCAAGAUUGGAUGCACGGACCGCAUGUUUGUUCUAGGGUCGCAGGGUUAGCUACCUGAGAUGCGGGCUGUUAGUUGAAACCCGGCGGGCUGUGGUUUGUAUACAUGGAUUAGUGCUUCGCACCGAGGUGGGGCCGGCGCUGUUGCAGCUGCUGGAGGGCAGCCGUGAGCACGAGCUGAUUGCGCAGUACACUGUGUACGGCUCCGGAACAGUGUCCGGAUGCAGAUGUCUAUGAUGCCAGAGGCUGUAAGCUGGACCGACAUGGGUUCUAUGGUGGGGGCGUGUCCAAGUACGAAGUCAUGGAGUAAAGUGUGUCGGCAAGAACCGCCGGAGUACUCAGGGCCACGCGCAUGGAUGCGGGCAGCCUCCGGGGUGACGAGGCGUGCGCCAUGGUGGCGGCCGGCACGAUUCAAAACACGCCCACAAAGUUAAAGACGUUCUG